AUCCUACACCACUAUAUACUUCGUUGAUAUCGUAGCUUAAGCAUCAAAUUCCUCCAUGGAAACCACCCAAGAAUCACCGCUUCAUGUAGUCAUCGUGCCUACUCCAGGUAUGGGUCACCUGAUCCCGCUCAUAGAGUUCGCCAAGCGACUAGUGGACCUCCACAAGUUUGCCGUAACUUUCAUUGUCCCCAACGAUGGCUCACCCAUGAAACUCCAAAGACAACUCCUUUUAACCCAACCCGAGCCAAUUUCCUCCAUCUUUCUCCCUCCUGUUAGCUUUGACGAUCUGCCUGAGGAUGCCAAAAUCGAGACCCGGAUUAUACUCAGCCUGACUCGGUCGCUUCAUCUUCUCAAAGAUUCGUUCAAAGUACUAGCUCAGUCAGCUCGGGUAGUGGCCUUCGUCGUUGAUGUUUUUGGCAUCGAUGCAUUUGAUGUUGCCAAAGAAUUUGGACUUGAACCCUACAUUUUCGUCACUACCUCUGUUAUGCUAUUAUCAUUGAUAUUUGAGUUACCUAAGCUUGAUCAGAUGUUUUCGUGCGACUAUAGAGAUUUGCCUGAGCCGAUCAAGUUACCUGGAUGCGUACCGUUCCAUGGAAGCGACAUUCCUGACCCGCUUCAACACAGGACAAAUUUUGCCUAUCAAGAGACUCUUCAGCAAUGCAAACGUUACCCAUUGGCUGCUGGGAUUAUCAUUAACAGUUUCUUGGACUUGGAAAAGGGUACUUUGGAUGCUUUAAUGGAGGGUGGGCGUCGUUUGCCUGCGGUUUACCCAGUUGGACCUCUAAUACGAACUAGUUCAACCAAUGAAGUUGAAGGGUCUAACAAUUGCUUAAGGUGGUUGGAUGAGCAGCCUAGCGGGUCAGUGCUAUAUGUCUGUUUUGGAAGUGGUGGGACUCUUUCGCAUGAACAGCUAAAUGAAUUGGCACUGGGCUUGGAAAUGAGUGGGCAAAGAUUUCUUUGGGUUGUCAGGGAACCUGACGAAAUUGCUGCAAACGCCACUUAUUUUGGUAUAGAAAACGUCAAGAACCCUUUUGCAUUUCUGCCUGAUGGGUUUUUGGAAAGGACCAAAGAGGUGGGUUUGGUGGUUCCAUCUUGGGCUCCUCAAAUUCAGGUAUUGAGUCACGGCUCGACCGGUGGGUUCCUGACCCAUUGCGGUUGGAAUUCGGUCUUAGAGUCUAUCGUGCAUGGCGUGCCAUUAAUCGCAUGGCCACUCUAUGCAGAGCAAAAGAUGAAUGGUGUACUUCUAAAAGAUGGUCUGAAGGUUGCAUUUAGGGUCAAAGUGAACGAAGAUGGACUCGUUGGGCGAGAAGAUAUUGCAAAAUAUGUGAAGGAACUGAUUGAAGGGGACGAAGGGCAGUUGCUUAGAGCCAGGAUGAGAAAACUGAAAGGUGCUGCCAAAAUAGAUUGUACGGACAUGGAGAAACCAUUGGCGACACUCGAAAGAGGCACGACAUGCUCGGCCUGGAACUACUGCGGCGAGAGAUUAGCCGCCGGUUCGGUCGACGGUUCUCUUUCCAUCUUAGAUUCUCGUGACUCUUCCUCUUCUUCCUUCACUUGCUCCUCCAAAUUCAAGGCCAGUGAAGCUGGCAUUGUGAAGGUUGCUUGGAUCCCUCCUGAGUAUGGGGAUGCUGUUGCUUGCAUUUGUGAAGAUGGGACUUUAUCCAUAUGGGAAGAGCUUGUAGAAGGUACACAACCUAUUCAGUGGAAGCUAUGCAAAAGCUUUAAGACUAGUUCGAAGGUUCUAGAUGUUCAAUUUGGAGUCAACCAGACGAGUUUGAAAAUGGUUGCUGCUUACUCAGACGGCUUUGUGAAAGUCUUUGAGCUCCUCAAUCCAUUGGAACUAAAGAACUGGCAACUUCAGGCUGAAUAUCAGAAUGUUAUAGAUUCCGUUUCUACAUUUGGGAAGGCUUCAUGCUUAACAGCAUGUAUUUCUUGGAAUCCUCAAAGGGGUGAAGGCCAAGAAUCAAGCUUUAUUUUGGCUUUCAAUUCUAAUACUCCACAGCUCAAUUCCCCCAAGGUGUGGGAAUUUGAUCCAGCUCAUCAGAGAUGGCUGCCAGUAGCAGAGUUGGCUUCGCCCGGUGACAAGGGAGAUCAAGUUUAUUCUGUUGCAUGGGCACCAAACAUUGGACGGCCAUAUGAGGUAAUAGCUGUUGCAUCUCAAAAAGGAAUUGCUAUAUGGCAUGUUGGAUCAACCCCAGACUUGGAUGGAAGGCUCUCAGUAGAGAAGGCUGCAUUGCUUUCUGAACAUAACAGUGAGGUGUGGCAGAUGGAAUGGGAUAUGAGCGGAAUGACCUUGGCAACUACUGAAAGUAAUGGGCUUGUAAGGCUGUGGCAAUCCAACUUGAACGGCACUUGGCAUGAACAAGCCGCAUUUGAACCCACUUCUUAGUCCUCUGUAUAAAUGUGUUUCUCUAUAUUCCCUCUCUCUCUUCUCUUUUGGUGGCUUACCCAAAUUGUGCAUUUGUUUGUGAGUGCGAUGCUUCAAAGACCAUCUUUUUUCC